UAGGGAAGGGCGCUCAAAACCUGCGCGGAGCCCUUCAGCCGGCAUGCCUGCUUUAAAAGCAGUUGGGUGGAAACAACAGGAGUUGCGGAGUGGUGGGGUUGAAAAUUAGCUGCCUGAGUUCCUGCCCUGUGGCUCCGGCAUCAGGUCGUUUUAUUCCUCUGAGAUAAGCAAAGUGAGAGAACUGAGCUGACGCAACGCAAGAUCUAAUGACCAGGGAGGAGCGGUGUUGCUUACCUGCCAAAGGAUUGUAAUUUCAGAUUAAACACACAGGCUCUUGGCAAUCGAAUGCUUUUCAAGGCGUUUUGGAUCUUAUUUUUGAAGCCAGCAAGCGAUGAAGGGCGGGCGGAAACCCAGCCCUGCACGAUUUCUGAUCCUCGCCGGCCUCUUCAGUGCCGUCCAGGCUCUCCCCAUCAAAGCCAACGUGAGUUUAGUUUACUUUAACGCUUUCAACCGGACCUCGAGCAACAACAGGUGCGAGUGCGGCAUGUUCGGCGUGCAUUCUCCCGUGGCGGAGGCUCGAGGGCUGGUGGUGUUUUCCAAUUCUUCCAAACUCCAAGCUUGCACGUGGGACACGCAUUUCGCCCCCGCGGUGUCGCCCUGGAUUGCCCUCAUCGCAAGAGGCAACUGCACCUUCACGGAGAAGAUCAAGCGGGCGGCUAAACUGGGCGCGGCGGCCGUGGUCAUCUAUAACUACGCAAAGUAUGGCAACAAUACAAUCCACAUGGCACAUCCCGGUACGGGAAACACCGUGGCCAUCAUGAUCAGCUACGCCAAAGGCAGAGAAAUCCUUCAGAAGAUUGAGAAGGGCUACCAGGUCACCAUGGCUAUCGAAGUAGGCAAAAAACACGGGUCGUGGAUGAAUAAUUACUCCAUUUUCUUCGUCUCGGUGUCCUUCUUCAUCGUCACGGCCGCCACGGUGGGAUACUUCAUAUUUUAUUCCGCUAGAAGGCUUCGGGUUGCAAGGGCCCAGAACAGGAGACAGAGACGGCUGAAAGCAGACGCCAGAAAAGCAAUUGGACAGCUGCAGCUACGCACGUUAAAACAGGGAGACGAGGAAACCGGUCCUGAUGCAGACAGCUGUGCAGUGUGCAUUGAAGCGUACAAACCAAAUGAUGUCGUCCGAAUUUUAACCUGCAACCAUCUGUUUCACAAGGGCUGUAUUGAUCCCUGGCUGCUGGAGCACAGGACCUGCCCCAUGUGUAAAUGUGACAUACUCAAGGCUUUGGGAAUUGAGGUGGACAUAGAAGAGCGAGGAGAAGCUACUCAAGCCCCCACGGUCUCCAGUGAAGCCUCGAACGUCCCUGCGGUUAACGAAGAAGAUAAUCAUAGCGAGACCGCCUCAUCAGGGUACGCUUCCGUGCAGGGAACCGACGAACCGGCUCCGGAGGAGCGUGUUACUCCAGAGAGUGACCAUCUCCGUCUUGUGAACGCUUCGCAGACCCCGGAUGUGGACACGCUGCCCCAUCUUGACAAUCCCGCUUUCGAAGGGGACGAAGCCCCCGGACAGCCAGUGAAAUCCUAGGUGCUGUUGGCGCAAGACUGCAGUUCGCUUGAGACACCAGCAUCUCACCACGAGAACACCGCUAAGACUGAUGUAGCAGCAAUGUUCCCUUGAGACACCCCCCCCAUCCCGACUCCCCCAAGAUAAAAUACACAAUUUUAAGAUUGCAGUUCUUUGGAGUGGCCUGCCCGUCACUUUUUUUCUUUCUUUCCUGAAUUAGUCUUUUUAGUAUUAUUGAUUCUUUUCUUUGACGCCACCCAGGAAAAAAACCAUCCAAAGGAAACCACGACCAUCCGAGCGUUAUCGUUUUUUCCUGUUCGUCCUACGGGAAGCAUUAACCCGUCAAAAAACCAUAUAUUUUACAUGCCGAUCUUCAAAUUAAGUUUGAACGGAUCAGGUUCGCUUUUUAAAUAAAUUUUAAACUUUUCGGGUGUCAAAAGCACCGGGUGUACUUUUCAGCACGGGUUCGAAUCCACUUGGCUUUUCUGUAAUUUAUCGAGGGGCUUCUCCUUUCCUUGAUUUUUGAGAAUCGCCCCUCGCCGCGUUAAAUCGCCAAGCAAUUUCAGCUUUCAGUCUUGACGGUAAAAGACACUGGGAGUAUUUUCUUUCCACCACCCCCUUCACUGAUUAUAGAGCAAAAUUUAACACUCGGAAACCAAAUGGACAUUUGCAAAAAUGUUCAUGGGAACAGAAUGCAACUUAUUUUGUACUUCGGGGGGGGGGGGGAGGAAGCUGCAAUAAAAUUUGGCCUGUGUUGUUGUUGCAAUCUUAACAAGCUGCCACACGGCUCAGUGAAUGGUCCAGAUUUUAGCUGUUUUUAACUUUGUCAGAGGUUUAAAUAGGCCUCACUCAAAGGGGAUUAUUUUGUUGUUGUUGCUGCUGCUGCUACUCCAAAGAAAACAGCUAAGUGAAGAGACCCAAAGAGUACUGUAAAUAUUCAGAAUAGGCAAUGCAUGGACGUGGCUAAACUGGAAAUUAAUGAAUGGGUGAACUUUUAAAAUUAUUUUUCUAACCUGUAAGACGGGAAUAAGGGGAACACAGGGGUGCCUUUUGCAUAGAGCCCAAGAACCUCAUCCACCAAAGUGAAUUUACCUAUAUUUAAUAAUGCACUUUAUCUCGCGUCUGUGUUUCCGUUUCUGAUGGCAAGUCUAGCAUAAGGUCGACCGAGGAACCGCAAUGGUACCUUUUCCCGCGUUGAUUCCGAUAGGGGAAAAAAUCAGCACGCCUUUCUCCCUUUUUGCAUAGUGUUCAAUGAAAUUGUAAAUAUCUGAUUUCUACUGAAUUCCUUUGAAUACAAAAUGUAAAUAAAGCUAUACUACUGCCUGUUUAGGAUGUUCUCCUUUUUUAAAAAAAAAAAUUAAAAUAAAAACAGUUGAAUAUAAGCUGGCGUGUG